AUGUCACUCAAAGAAUCUUGGGCUCAAGAGAUAUUCCAACGUCUCGUUGAUGGUCAAAGACAAGAAGUCAUGUAUAAUGUAUUGGAUGACGCUGAAUGGAUAUUCGUUAAUCCUUAUAUCAAAUCGACUAUUCUCUCAGAUACUUAUCAUGGCCCCACAGAAUACUGGACAAAGGCGGAGCCGAUAUACCGACAGAUUUUCCGAGCGCCUAUGAAAUUCACUUUAAGACGAUUAUCUGUAGUUGGUAACCUUGCUUUUGGUGAAUUAAAAGGUGAAACAGUCGGAAAGAAAGAUAAUGAGAAAUACAUUAUGCCGCAAGUAUCUGUAUGUUUGGUCCUCGAAUUCAAUCCUACUAACGAAGAAGAAGAUGGAGGCAAACCUAGAUGCAAAGGUGUGACUGAGUAUUUGGAUUCUGCUUUGCUUCAGAAAUUUAUGGAUAACAACCUCUGA